AUGGCCUCCAGAGCCGCAGCAGGCGCCCGUCCUGGUGCCAGAUUCGCUCAGUUCAAACUUGUCUUGCUUGGAGAAUCUGCUGUUGGAAAGAGUUCGCUAGUAUUGAGAUUUGUCAAGGAUCAAUUCGAUGACUACCGGGAGUCGACAAUCGGCGCUGCUUUCUUAACACAAACCAUUUCUCUGGACGAAAGCACGACGGUCAAGUUCGAAAUAUGGGAUACCGCUGGCCAGGAGAGAUACAAAUCGCUAGCUCCGAUGUACUACAGAAACGCCAACUGCGCAGUGGUUGUUUAUGAUAUCACACAAGCUUCGUCGCUGGAUAAGGCCAAGUCGUGGGUGAAAGAGCUACAACGUCAAGCCAACGAAAACAUUGUCAUCGCCCUUGCGGGUAAUAAGCUCGACCUUGUCACAGAAAACCCAGACAAGAGGGCUAUCCCAACCGCAGAUGCCGAGGCCUAUGCACGUGAGGCUGGUUUGCUUUUCUUCGAGACAUCAGCGAAGACUUCCUCAAACGUACGGGAACUUUUUACAGCAAUUGCGAAGAAACUUCCUCUCGAUCAAGCCGGACCUCGAAACUUGCGCACAAACCCCCGUCCGGGUGUGGACUUGCGCCCAGAGGCCCCUGGCACCCAGGGCGCCAACUCCUGCCAAUGCUAA